UCUUCUUUAACACAAUUUUUGUCUACACAGGAUAUUUUGGACGGUUCAAUGGAUACAUCUGCUACAGCGAUUGAGUGGACACUUUCAGAGCUCUUAAAGAAUCCAAGGGUGAUGAAAAAAGUCCAAAUGGAGUUAGAAACUGUGGUGGGCAUGAAUAGGAAGGUAGAAGAAUUAGACCUGGACAAGUUAGAGUAUUUGGGAAUGGUUGUAAAGGAAAGCUUGAGGCUCCAUCCAGUGGCACCGUUACUACUACCACAUCGAUCAAGGGAAGAUUGCAUGAUUGGAGAAUUUUUCAUACCCAAAAAAUCAACUGUCAUAAUAAAUGCAUGGGCAAUUAUGCGAGACCCAAGUGUUUGGGAUGAAGCUGAGAAGUUCUGGCCAGAGAGAUUUGAAGGAAGAAACAUAGAUUUGAGAGGACGAGACUUCCAAUUAAUACCAUUUGGGUCUGGCAGAAGGAUCUGGCCAGGAAUGCAAAUAAGAGCGUCUCUCCGGUAUAAGCAACUCCUGUACCACAUCAUUGCUACAUUAACUCUGGUUCACACAAGUAACUUUACUAAAAUUUAA